AUGAGAGAUAUUUUUUCACUUAGACCCAUACAAUUUAUCGAUGAGGGGUAUUCGGAAAUAGACAACGAGUCUACAAUGUCGCUUGAUCUGAACACUGUAGACUAUCGGCUUCAAGACGGCCAAAUAUAUGUUGACGAAGAUGAUGCAUAUAGUUGGCCGGAUGAUGAAUGGUGUGAUUCUUUCGUGGAACUCGAUAGCAUCACUCCCUUAUAUGAUCAGGAGGAAGUUGAACGGUUGGAAUUAAUGCACUUAAUCUUCACAACGGCCGAAGACUACUAUCUGCACCUAGCUCCUAUCAACUGGCAUCCGCAGCGUAUACUAGACAUAGGCUGUGGAACGGGGACAUGGUGCAUCGAAAUGGCAGAUGCAUAUCCAAGCGCCGAGGUCGUCGGAGUUGAACUUUGUCCUUCUCAGCCGAUCCUGGUCCCUCCAAAUCUAUCUUUUCAAAUUGAUGAGUUUGACGAUGAAUGGACCUAUUCCCACUCCUUUGAUUAUAUUCAUGCUCGGCUUCUGGCUGGCAGGAUUCAUGGCUGGCCUAGGCUGAUGCGGCAAUGUUUCGAAAACUGCAAUUCCGGUGGCUGGGUGGAGUUUCAGGAUAUAGAUCCAUUGUUUACUUCUCAAUAUGAGUCGUCAUCUCAAUUUAUCGCCUCGAAAGGAGAUGUGAUUUAUCCAGCUCCAUUCCUUGCACAAUGGAUGCACGAAGCUGGGUUCAUCAAUAUCCACGUCGUCAAAAGAAAUCAGCCCAUGACUCCAAGUCACGGAGGCUCGAAGCUGCAAAUGGACCUCUACGAUGAGACACAAGAGCUUUCCACUAGUGUGAAAUCAUUUGCGAGGACAAUCCGCUGGAAUCGAGAUGGAGGCGAUGCUUUCCAUGAAGACCUUAUGAGUGAUGAUGUAUAUGCCUUGCCCGUCUCGAUAGAUCUCUAUACCGUUUAUGGCCAGAGACCAUGA